AUGUACUGGUCUCCCAAGCUUCUACAGGCCCUAGCCAGCGGGCUGGGUCUCGCAUCCAUCGCCGCCGCUGCACCGGCCGAAACGCCCUCCAAGACGGUCGUGGAAAGGCAGUCGACCGACAGAUAUGUCUUUGCCCACUUCAUGAUCGGAAUCGUUACCGACCGCACCAGCGCUGCCGAUUUCAAUGCCGACAUGCAAGGCGCCAAAGCACUCGGCAUCGACGCCUUCGCCCUCAACUUCGGCCCGGACACGGAUGGCGCCAACUACACACAGCAGUUGGUCUACGCGUACGACUCGGCCGCCAGCAACGGCAUGAAGGUCUUCCUAUCCUUCGACUUCAACGACGGGCAGUGGCCGACGUCGGAUGCCGCCGCCAUCGGAGCAAAGAUUGCCGCAUUCGGAAGCCGCUCGGCCCAGCUCAAGGUCGAUGACAAGGCGUUCGUGUCCACCUUCGUUGGCGACGCCCUGGACGUUUCGGCCAUGAGGGACGCCGCCGGCAUCCCCUUGUACUUUGCCCCCAACUUCAACCCCGGCUCCGGCGCCGAUUUCAGCGCCUUGGACGGCGCCUUCAGCUGGUACGGCUGGCCGACCGACGGCUCGAACAACCCGCCGAGCUCAUCCAGCACCUACCUGCCUUCGUUCGCAGAUAACGACUACACGGCCAAGCUCGGCGGCGACAAGUCCAGAUACGUCGCGCCCGUCUCCCCCUGGUUCUUCACGCACUUCCAAGACACGGCCAGCUUCGCGGGCAAGAACUGGCUCUUCCCCGCCGACGACCUCUGGUUCACGCGCUGGAACGAGCUCCUCAAGCUGGGCCCGCGCUUCGUCGAAAUAAUCACCUGGAACGACUUCGGCGAAUCCCACUACAUCUCCCCGCUCUCCUCGCCGCACUACGACGACGGCAACUCCAAGUGGACAAACGACAUGCCGCACUCGGGCUGGGCCGCCCUCGCCGCGCCCUUCAUCGCCGCGUACAAGGCGGGCGCCACCUCCGUGACCGCCGCGCACGUCGCCGCCACCGGCGGCGACAAGCUCGUGUAUUGGUACCGGCCGCAGCCCAAGGGGCUGUCCGACUGCGACGCGACGGACAACGUCGGCAGCGCGCCGAACGGGGCGGGGCUGGUGGCGGACUCGGUGUUCGUGGCGGCGCUGAUGGGGGAGGGGGGCACGGCGACGGUGGCGGUGACGUCGGGGGGGAAGGGGGUGGUGGAGAAGGAGGUCGGAGUUGGGGCGAGCGUGUGGGCGGUGCCGAUGGGGGUGGGGAAGCAGGGGUUUGAGGUGAAGAGGGGGGGCGAGGUGGUGUUGAGCGGGGAGGGCGCGAAGCAGGUGAGUGCGAGUUGUGUGUGUGGGAUUUACAACUUCAAUGCGUUUGUGGGGACGGUGCCGGUGGCGGACGGGGCGGCGGGCGAUCGGUUGGCGGCGGAUGGGUUGAGUCGGUUUACCGAGGGGUUGAAGGUGGCGACGUGCAGUCCGACGCCGACGUUGGCGGCGGGGAAGGCGUGA